AGCCCGCGGUGCUGGCCAAUGAGGGCAGAGCGGGUCCCAGGUCCAAGCCAAUGAGAAAAAGGAGUCCUUUUAAAGGACAAUCCAGUAGCUCGUAAAGGGAGGAACGGGUGAGGGUCCCGGUAGCAGCUAAUGCCAAGGUGUGGCACUAGGGAAUUGAUCCGUAGGACUGUGACUUGGCAACAUGGACAGACGGGAAGAGUCAGAUAAACAGCUGGACCCCCCUGCUGCCUUUGGAGCCCCAAGGCCCACUGGUAAAAUUUCCAAUACAUUGGUCCCAGGGGGUUGAUCCCACCAUCACAUUUCCAGAGCCGGUCAGCACCACCUCCACCCAUGCCUGCUGGAGCACCCUGGGGUACCACAGCUCUGCUUAACUGGGAGGCAGCUGAACUCAGACGAGAAAAUCAGAGAUUGAAGGAUGAACUCCAUAAAUGGGCUACAAAAGGAAAUAAGACAGAAGUACUAGGAAACAGAACCAGGUCCCUGGACAGAGAAGCGGAGCCCUCCGAUGUGCGUCACACCCUAGCCAUGUCUCAACAAGCUGAGAUAAUUUCUCACCAGCUCCAUGAGAUCCAAAGGCUGGAGGCCGAACUUGCUGCCCUGCGAGUUGCCUCCGCCCAGCAGGAGUCAACAAUGGCCAGUCGAGAGAAUGUCCUCUCCCACCUCCAGGAAGAGCUGUCGGAGCUCAGAAGGCAGAGCCAGACAGAAGUCGCUGCCUUGAAGGCGGAGCUGGAGGCAGUCGGGGAGAGCAGCAGGCUGGAGACGGAGGCUCUGAGGAAAGAGUUAGAGGAGCUUAGGAGGCAGAGUGGUUUGGAGGCAGAUUUCUUGAGGGAGGAGCUUGAGUCAUCCAAGGCCAGGCAUGGCCAUGAAAUUGGCUUGGCGCAGAAAGAGCUGCAGAGGGUGCUUGAAGAGGCAGAAGCUGAGCGGAAGAGGCAGAAGGAGAAAGCUCGGGAGUGCCUACAGGCAGUGCUCAAAGAGCAGCAGGCAGAGUUGUCCAGGCUCUCUGAAGCCCAUGGGGCUGAAGUAGCCUCCCUGAAACAUCAGGUAUGUGCACUCCAGCAGGAUUUGGAAGCUCAGCAUCAGGAGGUUGCCCAACUAAGAGACAAGAGGGAUGCUCUACAGAACCAAUUAAGUGUUGCUGAGGCAGAGCUGACUUCCCAAAAUGCUUUGCUGCUGCAGCUGAAAACAUAUGUUGGAGAGCAGGACUCAAGGCAGCCAAAUGCUGAGCGGGAGCAACUGAUCACUAGAGUGCAGCAACUGGAAGAGGAUAAGGAUGCCCUGAAAAUUACAGCUGAGCUGCUGCAGAUUCGUCUAGCUUCACUCAGUGAUAUACUGACUCUACAGGAGACAGAGCUCAGCAAAAAGGUCCAACUGCAGGAUCCCCUUCAGUCUGAGUCGUCUGAGAAGCUUCAGUGCCUGAUGACCCGGUGGCGUGAAAAGGUUUUUUCUCUCCUGGUACAGCUGAAAUCUCAGGAGCUUAGUCAUACAGACACCACUAAAUUGCUACAGAGGAAGGUAAAAGAACUAGAAGAAGAAGUAGCCUUCAGAGAACAAAAGGUGACUCUUUUGCUCCAUAGCCUUGAGGACAAGACUGCUGAAGCUAAUAUGGAAAGAGUGAGAAACAAGACUCUGCAGGCAGAGGCAUUGCGCUCAAAGGAACUGGCACAGAAUCUCCAACAGAAAGCCGAGGCUGGUGAAAAUGCCCUUUGGGGUCUGAGGGAAUUUGUCAGCAGGCUACACCAGCAUCUUAUGGGACAGGAAGAGACAUGGAAGGCAGCCUUGUCACGUCUAGUAGGUUUGGGAAACAGAGUCGCUUUUGCAGCAAAAAGAGUUGACACCAUCCAAGGGCUCGUGUGUCAGAAGGUGGCACUAGCUAAGCUUCAGCAAGAGGAGAAAUCUGGUCCUGCUAGACCUGACCAAGAGAGGAUUCAUCCACCUUACGAAGACCUACAAGUCGAGUUACAGAUGCUGCAUGAGGAACGGGACCGGCUCUCAGUGGAGCUUAAACGUGGGGCACAACUCAUAGAGAAGAAGGUGGCUGAAGCACAUGAGAGAGCGGAGUCCGAUCUUAAGGAGAUGAGAGAGACAGUACAGAGCCUGCAGGAGGCCCUAGGGGCGAAAGUAGUAAUGGAACAAGCCCUGCGGCAACAACAAGAAGCUGUGGAGAGGCAGCUGGAGGCAGGACGCAAUGACCUGCAGAAGAGUCAGGAGGCUGCGGAGAGUCUGAGGCAGGAGCUGGGACAAUUAAGGGAGGAGUAUGAGAAAGCCAUGCAAGAGAAGGUGACGGAAGUUGAAACAGAGCUACGGAGGGAUCUGUCGGAAAUGGAAAAAAGGCUGAAUGAGGCACGGAGAGAGCACACCAAGGCAGUGGUUGCCCUACGCCAGGCUGAGCGACAGGCAGCAAGAGAUAAAACCCGCAGUGAGGAAAUGGCCAGGCUGCAAGAAUCUGCCACACAACAGGAAACCACACGACUUGAAGGACGUUUGCGAGAGCUUGAGAGGGACAAGAACCUGCUAAUGGCUACCUUAAGACAGGAAGGGCUACUGACCCAGUAUCGGCAGAAUCGGCUGGCAGCAGUCCAGGCCCCAGUAGAGUCAAUUGGGAAGAUGGGAACUAAACCUCCAUCUAAAGAGUCCCUUUUUGCUGUGCUGGAUGACCUGCAGGUUCUGAGUGCUGCUAUUUUGGAUGAUGAGGACAAAGAAAAACCAGACAAAGAUAUCAGCACCAGUGCUGACAUCUAAGGGUUGGUGGAAGGGAAAAUCUACUUAGGGAAGAUGUGGGAGUAGAUAGGCCAGUACUUGUAAAUAAAGAUUAUUUAAAGAUACACACAA